GUCAGUAUGGCCAGAAUAAUUUCAUAUGAAUGGAACUUAAGACGGAACGAAGGAAGGACCAAAUGGUAAAAUCAAAUAUAACCUAUAACACUUAGAUUCAUAAAGAAGAGAAAAUUUCUUUUACUAUUGUGUGAACGAUGCAACGUCUUGAAAUAUUGCGGAGACAAUUACGUUUGAUCGAUGCCUUCAGAACGAAACAAACGUCCGUUAAAUCGUUCAGUACUGAGAAAACUCCGGACGAUAGCAUCGAUAAAACCAAGAACCAAGUGGAUAUUGAAAUUAAAGAAAUAAAUUCGCACGAAGCUCCUGAGAAGAAUGACUCUUUUAACGAGAAAAGUGAGUCUGACGAAUCGAUUGAAAAUCUAUCAUCCAUAACAAUCUCGAGUAGCGAAUCGAAUGGAAUGAAGUCGGAUAAGAAUUUAGAAUUAGCAGAAGUGAAGCUGAGCGGAUUUGCCCAAACAUUUGAAAAGUUCUCACGAAUCGAUGAACCAAAAGAACCUGAAAAGCCUUUAACGUUCGCUACCUUACUCCGUCGCUCGGAGUUUAUGAACUUGGGAGAUCCAGAAGGAAAAAAGGUCAUAGGGAAAAUAUUUAAAACUGUAAACGACGAUUUGUACAUAGAUUUUGGAUGGAAAUUUCAUUGCGUAUGUCCUAGACCUUUAAAAAAUGGAGAAUUUUACGUUAGGGGCUCAUUGGUAAUUUUAAAGAUAAAGGAUCUGGAAUUGUCUAUGAGGUUUCUAGGCUCAACCAUGGAUACUACUAUUUUAGAGGCAGAUUGUAUACUUUUAGGUUUGUUACGUUCUCCGUUAAAAAAAAUCAAUCCCCAAUCAGAAAUGUCCCGAGUUUAAUAAUAAUUCGAUAUUGCUUAAUUAUUGUAUUAUCAAAGAGAUACUUUAAGAUUAAAAGAAAGAUUAAAAAAGUGUUUUUAUGAUUUAA